AUGAUUCCACCGUCGCUGCUGGAGCCUCUACUCGCCUCGGGCGUCAUCAUCGUCUAUCCGGAUUACCGUAUGCUCGAUCCUUCGACCAUCUACGAUCAACUUGAAGACGUCGAGGCCCUCUUCACCUACUUUGCUACCUUCGAAUUUUCGAGCUCGCUUCCUACCGGCGUGUCCGUUGAUCUCGACCGAGUUGGUCUGAUUGGAUUCUCUGCGGGCUCUCUCUUCACCGUACCCAAUGGCGAUCAUGAUCUCGUGGACAAUGAUACCAAGGCUGUUCUACCUGAACGAGAGGCGGCGUACCUCGAAACGGCCGAGUUCCUCGUCAAGCACUUGACGUUUUAG